AGAGCAGCGUCCCACUAGAAAUACAGCUGCGGGGUCCUGGGAUGCAGCAGCUGUACUCCCAGGCCUGCCGCCAGGGGGUGCGACCAGUGCACUGCGUGCGCGGGCUCGUGGUUGGUCAGUUCAGGUCCGGGAAGACGUGUGUCGUCAGGAGGCUGACAGGAGAGAAGGCUGUGGUGAACGAACCGAUAACAGAUGGCAUCGAGAUCAUACCCAGUGUGAAGACCAAUACUUGGUGGAAGGCAAGAGAGGAGCCAGAUGAAUUCAAGGAAACCAUGGCAGAACACUUAGCUGAAAAACAACAAGAACGGAACAACCCACGCCCUCAGACAUCGUCACAAACCCAAGGAGCAGUCAGGAAAAAAACUACAGAAGACCCAGGAAAAGCACAAAAAACAACAAGGAAGCAGCCUUUGCAAAUGCAGCAAGAGAGAUCGAUGGAAAAGCAUACCCCGACACAAAGGCAAGAGACACCAAAACUGAAGAAAAAAGAUGAGAAAGAAGGGAGAGCAGAAAGUGUGACCAUGACUAUGUCACGACAGACACAAGACAUUCCGGAUGAUGUCAUUAAAAAAGCCAAGGAGCGACUCCAAAGUGGCGUGACCGAGGAGCAGCUUGGAACAGCCGAACACCCGCGUAUCUCCCUCUGGGACUUCGGUGGCCAGGCCGCGUACUACGGCUCGCACCAGUGCUUCUUCACGUACCGCGGGAUCUACAUCCUGGUCAUGUCACUGGAGCAGAAGCUGUCCGAUCCAGUUCCUGAUCUGGACUACAAGGCUUCAGCGGACAACCUCGUAACUGGAAGAGACUACUUGGACCACUGGCUGAACUCCAUCCGCACACACACCCUGGUGCACGGGCGGGAGCAGACAGGAGAGCCGCCUGUCGUCUUGGUCCUCACGCACAAGGGCAGGGUCAGCGAGUCGGACAUUGAGGAGUAUAAGAAAGACAUACUUGAUCACAUCAGUGGUAAGGCCGCCGGUAAACACGUCUUACCAAAGAUAUUUGUCAUUGACAACUUCGACAAGGACAACAGCGACAUUGACGAGCUCCGAGAAUACCUCCGUGAGGUAGCGAAGGGUCUGUGGUUCAUGGGUCAGGAGGUGCCGAUGACUUGGCUUCAUCUGAAGUCCAAACUGAUGGACAAGAGGAGAGAUGACGUCCCAUUCUGCCGUUUCCAAGAUGUCGUCGAUCUGGCCCGGAGCGACGUGGGCAUCACAGACAACAGCCAUGUUGCCGACAUUUUGACCUUCCUGCACGACCUUGGUGACAUCAUCUUCAUCAAUGAACCCAUUCUUCGUGACCACGUGACCCUUCGAUCCCAGGUGAUGAUUGACGUCUUCAAGACCAUCAUCACCGUCCCGGAGUACCAACAGGACAGGAUCACGGAUGGGGAGGUUGCCAAGAUGUGGAGGAGGCUGGAGACCGAAGGCAUCCUCAGUGACAGGCUGUUGACAAUCAUCUGGACCAAAGCAGAUCAGAAGAUGCAGAAACCAUUCCUACUCGAACACAAGGACUUCCUGAAGAGACUGAUGGAAAAGUACUACCUCCUCUGCAAUGCCACACCAAUUGGUGGGCUUGAUGACACUUCGGGUGAUCCUGAGAAAGAAGAGAUCUACUUCGUACCUUCUCUCCUGUCCGCAAAGCCUGACGACAGCACCUUGUAUCCUGGGGACAUGAGGAGAGGCCGGCGUCCUCUGUAUGUCGUAUUCGACAACAUGUUCCUGCCAAGCGGCAUGUUCUACCGUCUACAGGCCAUCUGUGUGCGCAGGUUCGGUAUUGAAGAGUCCCACGUGUUUGCCGGCUGCGGCCGCUUCCCUACCAACGAUGUAAAGCAACAGUUUGUGGUAACCAAAGUGAAGCACUACCUGAAGGUGGAGCUUCUGUCGGCUGAAGACCAGCCAGUGUUCACACAGGCCCUUCCUGUUAGAAAGUUCCUCAGCAGUUGUCUCUUCGAGAUCAAGGAGAAGUGGAUCCCGUCCAUCCAGUAUGACUGGUGCUUCGGGGAGGAGUCAGGAGAAGAAACCGAAACACCAGAAUUCUACCCGCUCUCUGACAUUUGGCAAGAAACGGCAACAGGAUCCAGUCGAUUUCCAGAAGACUUCAUCGAUGUCUGGAUGGGUGGUAGCCGUGAUCAGAGAACGACCUGUGCAGAGAACUCAGGUGGUUCUGGGCCCGUGAUGAUAGAGCCCACGCUGAACCUUGAUGCAGUCCACACGAUCGGUCCUGUCCUGGACUGUAUGGAGACCUGCAGAGGGCUGAGUCUGGCGCAGUGUGAUUGGAUCAGACACGAGCUCACAUCCGUCAGCAGGUUCAAAGAGUUGGUUGCUACCGUCAACAGGUCCGGAGACAUGUGCCGUCGCUUGCUGGGAGCGUCCGUGGAAGUUUGUCUGCCUGAGAGAGCACCCAUGUUCUCCAGAGAAGAGAGAGGGGACGAGAUUGUCCUCCUACACGUCGGAGACUACAAUGACGAGCUCGUCCAGCCACUGUUGAAACAGUUAGUCCAGUCCUCCAGCAGGUACGGUGUAACGGUGUCUGAAGACUUCAUCGAACCAGGAGAAACCAUCACAGACAAACUCUUGCAUCAUCUCCUCCAGCAGAAUGUCAGAAUGGUUGUACCGAUCAUCACACCACAGGACCACAGCAGGCACUGGUCCACGCUCGGGUACGAAUUCUGCGUACAGGACAAGAACCUGGUCUUUCCGGUCUUUGCGUACCCUGAUGGAACCAGAGAGCGUUUGCUAGAGAUGCUCGGCAGGCGCUGUACAGGGAUGUUGGAUAUGACAUCAACAGAAGUACCAAUGGCUGAAGAACCACUGUCCAAUACCAAAAUCAGUCUUGUGUCUGCAGAAAUCCUGAGAAAGGCGUCGUCUUCUGUUGUGCUGCACACGUACAGAAUCACAGAAGAAGGCUGCACGAUUGAGGAGGAUGGUGUGACCAUAUCCUUUCCAAAAGGAUGCGUCAGGACAGAAAGGUCCCUGUCCUUGGAGGUCGAAAUGCUCCCCAUUGAUGACGCCUUAACAAAGGCUUUCUCAGCUGUGACCCCGGUACUGACCGUGCACCAGGAAAAGGAGGAGGACUUCUUACAGCCCGUGAGCGUCACACUGCCAUGGGCAUGGAAGAAGAGAGACUGCAGCACAGAUAAGACUGUCCUGAUGGAGAGGAAAUCAAAUCCUCCGAAGUGGUCGUUGCUAAGGACAGAGUUUCAAGAGACAGAGGACGCAGUCACAUUCACAACGAGACACUUUUCCGGGAUUGCCGGUGCCAAGGAAAGUGGCAAAGACGGAGAAAAUUCGACCUCCACUGCAGAGAAGCCAGGGAACCAGGAGGAGACAGCCAAUCGGGAGGCAUCAGAGUCAAAUGUUCCAUCAACACCAACAUCUCCAACCACAUCUGUGUCAUACCAGGCUUGUUGGAACGGGUACACUAAAGACAAAGUGUACCUCAUCAUAAACCCAAACCAGGCAACAACAGACAACAACUGCAUCCACCUCAUGUGUGUUCACAAGGACGACGACCCUAAUGACUUUUUCCAAGCUGAGAAUAUGCGACCGCUCCCACCGUUCAAACAACGCAUUGUCAUGGGCAGUGAAGAAAUGAUAGAUGCCACAUUUGACCACAGGAAAGAAGUCAUCGGAGACCCUCUUGAUGUCUCAGAUGGUAUCAGCUUCUUGUUCCCUCCAGCUGACUGCAACAGGUGGUCUGUUGGACUGAUUCUGAACAAUCCGGGCCAAACCAAAAACAGGUACCAAGGAGCCGUGCAUUUCAGACGACUUUCUGAGUCUGGAUCACAAACAACUGGUCUCAAGCACCGGAUCCCGUCAGCAACAGUGUUUUUUCACUUUGAAGAUGAAGGAGGGACAAGUCAGGUUCAGCAGAAGGAAGGCACUGUGAUCACCAUGACGAAGGCGUCCCAGAUACAACAUAAGAAAGAGGUCACGUCUGUCCUGAUGGUUAAUGAUAACUACGGCACGUCCCAUGGAGGUAGGUCUACCACAAACCGCCAGGUAGCCCUGUUUCUGCAAGAGCAUGGUGCUACAGUUCAUGCUACAGCCGUGCAAGCAUCUGAAGAAGACAAGAGGUGCGCCGAUGAAGAUGGUAUCCAUUUGAUGUUGCCUGCCAUAGAACCAGGAGACCCAAGAACGCCUUGUUUGGAAAUGUUGACCUUCGACCAUGAGUCUCGUUACCCAGACAUACCACGGAAUCUGAAGUGCAUUGUGGGUCAUUCAGAUGUCACUUGUAAAGCAGCAAAGAGAAUCAAAAGGGAUUGCCGCAAAGAGGCGAAACUAGUUCUUUUUAACCAUGACAUACCAGAAGAGACAGAGCAAUUCAAGGGAACUAAGAAGGCAAUGGCUGCAGGGAAGAAGAUGGAAGACAUCCUCGAGGAUACCAAGAAUGCAGAUGCCGUGUUCUCUUUGGGAAGAAGGAUCUUCGACCACUUCGAGGCGAAGUACAAGUCACUUGGAGAAAGCAAACCAAAAGAACACUUGAUGUUCCUUCCAAGGCCAUCCCCAGUGUUUGAAGCCAUCUCUGUUCAACCAGGGGGAGGAGAAAAAGUCGUGCUGGCUGUCGGGAGAGUGACCGAAGUGGACAAGCUGAAAGGCCAUGACCUGGUAGCACGGUCCAUGGGGGAGGUUGCAAAGAUUACAAACGUCAGUUUGCGUGUUCGCGGGAUAGAUGAAGAUGACUAUGAAGCAAGCAAGAGAAUCCUGGAGGAAAACCUGCACAGUGGUAGGAUCAAACCCACUCUGCUGCCUUGUGGAACCCAGGAGGACAUCGCUCAGGACAUGCAGCAGGCCCACCUGGUCCUGAUGCCGUCCCGCGCCGAGCCGUUCGGACUGAUCGGUCUGGAGGCCAUCGCAGCAGGCAUCCCUGUACUCAUCUCUGACAAGUCAGGCCUGGCAGACAUGAUCAUGGACUUGAUCAAGGAGAAGAAAUGCCCUGCAGACAUGAGGCGCAGGAUCAUAGAAACCAGCGUGAAUGAGUCCGACCUGGGUGAAGAUGCAAGAAAAUGGGCAAAGGAGAUUGUGGACACCUUGGAAUUCUCUGAGGCAGAAUUUGAGAAGGCAGCAGAGUACAAGAGGAAGCUCUUGGAGUCCAAGUACUGGGAAAAGUCACACCAAAACCUGCUGAGAGUCUGUGGAUUGAACAAAGAUGAGUAAACAGUCCUCCCCUACAGGCAUCCCUGGUCAGGCCAUGAAGCAGUGAUCAAGGCUUUAAUCAAUGACGAGAAGUGUCAUCUGGACAUGAGACACUAGACCGUACUAAACCAAUGUAAAGGAGUCUGACCAAGAUGACACAGAAAAGUUUUUUGGUGGAGAAGUGUCAGGAUUUGAUACAGAAGAUUUUCCAGUUGGUUAUAGUUGAUGCUGCUUUACAUGUGCAUUGUAGAUGUGAUUGGAUUUGACUUGAAAUUGUGUUGUGAAUUUCACUCAUUGCUCAGGUCACAAUCUUAUAAGUCUUGGCUGCAAGAACCCACAAAUGUACUUGAUUCUGGAUCAACCUUAUGUCAUUUAUGAUACACAUAUCAGUGAACAGGUAUCCCCAUUAUGACUGAGAACAAUUAACAUUUCCUACUUUAU